AUGAGAAUAAAGAUCUUUAACCAUGUAUGUUGUUUUACAGCAAAGAAGCCUUUACCGGAGGAGGUAACGAAACAAUCGUUCAGGCAGAAGAUAUGGCGUCAUUUGGAGACCAAUGGGCUGGCUAUGUUCCCACGACCCGUGUACAACAGAAUACCCAACUUCAAGGGGGCUUUGGAAGCAGCGGCCAAGUUGGCGGAAUUGGAUGUCUUCAAGAAUGCCAACACGGUGAAGGUCAAUCCUGAUAAGCCUCAAGAACCAGUUAGGGUGCUAUGCCUGGAGAAGCACAAGACUUUGUACGUGCCGGUUCCUCGCCUCCAGUCGGGCUUCUUGAACCGAAUCGUCCUCCCGGAGGGUGAAGCUAAGCCAGGAACACUGAGGAAGGCUGUCUCAAGGAACGGAAUGGAAUCGUUUGGACAACCAUUGACCAUUGAAGAUUCGGUUUCCUUGGACUUGGUUGUAAUGGGAUCCGUUGCUGUCUCCAAGGAGGGAUAUCGCAUUGGAAAAGGAAAAGGUUAUGGUGAUCUAGAGUUUGGCUUGAUGAUGCACAUGAAGGCUAUAAAACCUAACACUCUAGUUGUGACAACUGUCCACGACUGUCAGGUGUUUGAAACUCUACCAGCAUCACUGUUUGGUCCACAUGAUGUGCCCAUCGAUAUUAUUGUUACACCAACACAGGUAAUAGAGACCCAGCGUAUGAGCCAACGUCCAGUUGGUAUUCUAUGGCACCUGCUGUCACAACGACGUCUGGAGAUGAUGCCGGUGUUGGGGCAACUGAGAGAUAUUGAGAUGCUUGCUGGGCGUGCUUGUACUCUUCGUGAGGAGGACAGCGCUGGGGAGGAGGAGCGAGCGAGGCCGCGGCGACAGAGAAGGAGGACCAGGAGCCAUAAGAGUCACAGCGAGGGAGAGGGUAACACAACGGAGGGCGAGGAUGGUAAGAACAAUAAGCCACGUCGUCCGCGUCGCCGCAGUACUAAGUCUCUGAGCAAGGACGGAGAGGGGAGGGACGGGAAGGAGGGUAGGGAGGGAAAACCUAAACGAACACGACGACCGAGACCGGUCAUUGACUUCACUGUUAAGAUUUCAAACAUCAGUCCCAAUACUCGUGUACGUGACAUCAAAUCAGCUCUCUUCGAACGCGGUGUUAAACCACACGUUAUGAUUUGGAAGGGAUUCCGUGGUUUCUGCUACUUGCAUUUCUUCAAGCCUGGACCUCAAAAGGGUGAAGGUGACAUCCCAGCAGCGAGCAUGGCCAGUGUGUUGGCAGCCCUGGCUCAGAUGUCUGUCGGUGGUUCGGGAGGGGCUCCUGACGAGCGUGAGGAGAAGCCCCGUCUGUUGACAGUGGAGCCGGCGCCGCCGAGACACGCGUCCGCGCCCGCCGCCGCACCAGCGACAGCUGAGGCCGCGCCCGCGGUACAUUAA